AACUUUAAACGGUGCACAACGGUGACGCUGGGCGGGAGGCUCAGUUUUUCGAUCGAGGACGGAGGGCGGGGGAGUCGAAGUGGUUCUUCGCGCGCUCAUCAUGCCUGUUAAGAGAGCUCUAAAGUUGGAUAGCCAUGCUCUGGGAAAAGUGCCAGCAACCAAGUUGAGGAACAGCAAGAAAAAUCGUCCUUCUUACUCAUCAACCACAGGAACAUGCCUAAUGAGUCCAUUUUCAAGUCCUGAGAGCAGUAAUGUACCAAUGCACAGAAAUGGCCAAUCAAAUGAGAAUAGAGAUGAAUCUAAAGAUGUACUGUCUGGGUCUUCCAGAAAGAGGGAACCUGAAAUUGAAGAGAAUGACAAACUCUUAAUGCUACAUUCUGAAGUUGAAAGAACCCUAAAGAGAUUCAUGCAAUUCAGACAAAACCUAACCAACUUACAGGCUUUAGAGGGCACCAAAGAGCUUGAAAAUAAUAUUGGCAUUACUGACAACUAUGGUAACUUAAAAAUUGAAGUGAGAAAAACCCGGAUGCUAAUAGAGCAAGCUAAGAAGCAAAAACUGUUGAAAAGGAGCAACAUAAGACUGCCUACCCAAGAUUAUCGCCAGUCUGUCAGUACCUUUGAAUUCCUUAAAUCGCUCAUUGACUAAGGCCUUAUCUGAAGAAUAUAUACAGCUUGGUUGCAAGAUUCUGCAACUGCCUGAUCCUACUUAAAAGACUGAAAAGAAUCGCUUGUAAGUCUAUCUCCCCAGCAAAUACCAGCUCAGGAUUGCUUAGAGCACUAGGCAGGUGCACAUCUAGAUACAGUUUCUUGCAUCUAAUUUAAACUUUACAAUCUGUACAACCAGAUAUUCUCAAUGUAAAUAAUACAGUUUGCCAAAUUUCCUUUAUGCAAAUAUGUAAUAUCUGAACUACUUGUAUAUAGUUAUGACACUAUUUGCCUACCUUGGUAAAAUGCCUCAGUGAGUUUUUCUUAAUGUUUGGGAAGAAGGGCUGCACUUAGGGGUGAACACUAUUUCCCAGGCCUUCAAACAAACUGUAAAUUUCACAGUAAUGAUAUGCUCCAUGCUUUCUCUGAAGGAGUGCCAGUUUUACCACAAACAAUGAAGACUGCUUGCCAACUUGGAGCACAUUGUUUAUGCAAUUUAUCAGCACACCCAAAAGCAAGCAAGUUUGCCAUCUAUUCUUUGUAUAGAUAGCCAUCUAUUUGUUGGCAAAGAAUUUGAAUGUAGCAUUUGAAAAUACCUUUCCAAGUUACUGUGAUUUUCCAAAAAUCACCACAGAAGCACAUGUUUCUGUGCUAAGGAAACAUUGAACAUUCUCUGUUUUGUGAUGCCUAAACAUAAAUAUGUAAAAUUGCUUAGCAUAAUCCUAUAAAAAUUAAUAUUUAUGUGCAAUAGUAUUUGCAGGGAUAGGUUUCCUUGAAAUUUUAUGUAUUGAGAUGUACAGAUGAUCUCAUAUUUCAGCCUAAAUAAACGUUAAAUAUCUUGAACCUUUAGGUAGUAUAUAUUGACUACAUUUUAAUACAUUUUAUUUUGAUAAUUUUAAAUAGAUGAUAUGGUAGUGAAGGUAUUUUUAACCUUUUGUGAAAGCGUUCAUCCUCUAGAAAAUCUUGCUGAAUGGUUUAUAAGCAGAAUGACGAAUUGCCUAUGCAUUUACUGUUCUUUUCUGUAUAUAUGCUGUUCUUUAUGAUGAUUUGGAUCUGAAGAAUUGUGACUGUAGCUAUACUACAUGCUGUUUUUUUUUUUUUUUUCUGGCUUCUCAUUUGCACUACUGCCUGAGAGGUGUUUCCUGAAACAUCAUUCCUGAGGGUGAUAACUGCUGUUGUAUACAAUAAAACAUUGAUAUAAUUAUUAGCAGUUUAUUAAACAGGUUCAUUUUUCACUUUGGCAUUUCAGUGACGAAAGACUUCAGUUCAGAACAUAGUAAUACAGAAGUGAGGUUCAGUACAGUGCAUGCUAACUACUUCAGGAUAAUUGUUAUAGGCACUUGCAAUAGAAAAAGCCUUUUGGCAUAAGUUGUUUUUCUUAGGAGGUAAUUACUACUCUGAUGUAAUUACAAGGACUUCAGUGGUAUUAUUUAACUGUAGGUAAUACAAUUAAAUAUUAAGAUAGAACACUUUCUUCAAUUGUUUCCAUGCAUCACUGAUCAAUCCUGAGCAUGUUUAUUUACCAGUAAGACUUGCUCCCUUGCAGGUUUGCAUGGGAUUGCAGCCUAAGGCUAUUAAAGCAGCUAUUGCUUUUUCACCACUUGUACUAAGCUUUUUCUUGUUUCAAAAACAGCUGUGUCUGUUAAGAACCAUUUCCUGGUUCUGCAUAAGGUAGAUCAGAUAACUCUCACUUUAUCACCCUUGAAGGCCAUCUGAAGGACAAAGAAAAGAGAUACACAUAAAACUAAUGUUUUUAUAUGCUGGGGAACAUUUGCUGUGGUCUUCUGAUGACAAGAAGGGGGAAAAGGCUAAUGGAAAUAUGAGACCAUUGCCCUGUCAGCAAGAGUGACUGUUUCACACUCUUUCCUUCCUUAAACAUUCUUGCAGUGCCUCAGCUUCUUAGAAAGAAUUUACCAAACUGUUCUUGGACAGAAUGGCAGUUAUGUUCAGUGAGUGUCUAUUCUAAGCUUAGGAUUAAGCUUAAAGUAACCACUUCUUCCUUUUUGUGGAAAUAUCCCUGAGUGAAGUGAGUUGAGUUAGGCUAAUACCUUUCCUUAUCCUGACUUGCUUCAGUGAUUGUAACAGCUAUGUCUCUCAGGAGGAGGAUCUGAUGGAAGGGCAAGAGUCAAACUUGGUACUGUCCAAUAAGUUAAUAUGCAAAUGCUGUGUAAAGAGGCCUUUCAAAAGUGGGUUUCUAGAAGGUGGAAGUUGAAAGCCUGGUUAACAAUGACUAUUGUCGUCCCCCCCCCACACACACACACACAAUUUUUUUGAAGUCUUUAAUAAAAUACUUUUGGCAGAAUCUGACAGGGUGAAUCUAACCCCUAUUCUA